GUCAACCCUACGUUCACAAUUUCACAUUUCACACCGUUACCUUGUGAAUGUUGAUUUUGUAGGUUAUACCGCCGAUUUUUGUUUUCGUUGUGAUUACGGCUGCUUCAAUAGUAAAAUAAAUGCUUAUUUAUCAUUCGUUGUUUCGUUAAUUUAUUAGUUUAACGAAAAACUAUCCAAGAUCGUCAUUUGUCGCUGGGCGCUGAAUUUGGUAAUUUUGUUUUCUAGAUUUUAACAGUAUUCGUUAAGUCACAUUAAGUGAUGCGUUAAUUGCAACAAUUGAUAAAUUGAUGAUUUUAACCCACUAUAGAAGAUUCUGCUUUGAAUUAAAUCGUUAACAAUAGGAAGUAAAAAGGAUAGCCGAUAUCAAAUUAUUCAAUUUUAUUCCACGUUCCCUCUACUGCUCUAGUCACAUUAUAUUAUUAUGCCGAGCUCGGUAGGAAGAUAAUCGUAUCUACAUCAAACGACCUAACAAGAUCCACCAGCAGAGCCAUGGACCGUCCGAAUUUGGUGAAUGAAUUUGAAGACAUGGGAAUGACCAUACCGGACGACAUCAUUGAUGAAUGUGUUAUUGUAUGUCAUGCACAUAAAAUAUCAGCAUCAGAUUUAGUUGGAUCUUGGAUAGCAUAUUGUGCAUCGUCUCAAAUUGAUUCAAAUGAUUUAAGUAGAGAUAGGCUUGCUACAUUAGUUAAAUCCUUCAAGGUUGAUGACAAAUUAAAAGCCAAUGACAAAAAAUUGAUUGUAAAUAAAUCCAGUUUAAAUGAAUCAGCUCCUACACAAUCAGUUCGUAGUCCAUCAUCAUUGAAAAGUACACAUGGAACUAAUAUUAUACAAAUCGAAAAUGAAUUCAAAGUAUCCGACGUUAUUGAUGGAUGUGAUAUAAAAGAAGAAAAUGCGAUUUCUACUGCUGGAGAUGUCACGUCCAAUUUUGGACUAGGAAAUGUUAACAAAAAUGAUUCGUCGGCUAAGGUGGAAACAGCGUGCUUAAUGAAACACGAUUUAUGGGACAACUUUAUAUUUGGUCAUGUUAACUAUCAAAAAUUUGACGAUCAUGUCCAGGAGUUAGUGAACGAUAUCGUCCAAAAGAAUGACCUAAAACCUGUAACAUCACUGUCUGGACUGUACUGUGGAAACAACACAGAAAUAACAAUUUCUGGCAGUUUGCGAUUGAUAAAAAAAGAAUUGUUUCUCGAUUCACUGCAUGGUUUCAUAAAACUCGAUUUGUCCGAAGCUGAACAACCUAUAAAGUCGUUGUUUGUGAACCAGAUUUUAGUUGUUACCGGGACCAAUCUGGAUACUAAAGUUUUCAAAGUCAAAAAAUUUUAUGCUGACGCUUCGUUACCGUUGUCAAAUAAAUUACCUGACUUUUCAAAAGGUAACUUGAACGUAAUGGUUGCUGCGGGACCAUUUUUUAGUGAGUUGUCUCCACAUGGAAAGUUAUUGAAAUCCCUGGUUCAAAAAACAAUUGAGUUGGAAGCACAGUUGUUGAUAUUGUUUGGCCCAAUAUUUGAUGCGGAUUUUGGGAUGCAGUUGAACAAAACAACAUCGGAAGAUGUUCAAAAAUGCUAUGACGAAGUGUUAGAAGCUACACUGAAACCGUUGUUUAGCAAUCCAGUAACUCAAAACAUAAAAUUGUUGCUAUUUAGUUCAUGGAAAGAUUCCGAAAACUAUGCUUUCUACCCUACUCCUCCAAAUACUGAGUCGAGUUUGCCGAAUUUGUAUCCCAACAACAUUUACAUGGUAUCUGAUCCAAGUGUGUUCUCUGUCAAUGACAUAAUAAUUGCAGGUAACGCGAGUGAUUCUCUUAUGGGUCUACACGUUUCAGCAAUCAACCAAACUCGAGAAGAAAUGUUUACUAAAUUAGCCAAGCAAAUUAUAUGGCAACGAUGUUUGCACCCUUCGUACGUUGCUAACCCUAACGUCCCUGUUGACCACCUACUGUGGCUAGAACAUUGUACAUUGCAGCAAAACACUCCACAUAUUAUAUUGACAUCUUCGCAACUCCGUACAUUUAUAAGAGUGGUUGAGGGUUGUAUGGUUAUCAACGUUGGACAGUUGGUCAAACAUAACUCCCAAAAACAAGCAGUAGCAGGGACAUAUGGUCAAAUUCAAAUAGCGCCUCCUAAAAAUGGUAGUUGGUCAACUCAGACCAAUAUUUCAGCCGAAAUUGUUCAUAUUUAAUAUAUAAGCAAUAUAAUUUUUUUUCACUAUUAUUA